AGCAGGGCUGAGAGGGGCUGAGAACAGGGGGCUUAAGCUGAGGGGGGCUGACGGGGACUGAGGAGAGCCGAGGAGGGUUGAAGGGAGUGGGUGCUUGGGGGGAUGAGGAGACCUUGAGGGGGGCAGGCACCCGAGGAGCUGAGGGGAGCUGGAAGUGUUGACAGGAGUGUUGAGGGGAGCAGGGGGCUGAGGGGAACAGAGGGCUGCGGACUUGUCUCUGCAGCUGGUGCAUCCCGUUAGCAGGCAGGAGGAAGGCAGGGUAACCCCCUGAAUGUCCCAAUCCCCUCUUGGCUUCCCAGCUUCUGUGGCUGGCUGAGAUCACUUGUGUGAAGCCAGGCUUGUCCACGCCUAUGGCAGGCGCUAGGGAUACAGCUCGCUGUCUUGUUCCCUUGAGAGCUGCACCAGCAGUUCCUGUCCUCGUCUUCCCUGCCAGCUGUGGGAGGCUGCAGUUCACCAAAUACAUAGGAAAACACCAGGUGCUUGACUUCUGCUUAUCUGAUGGUUUAACAAAUGAACAUCCUUCCUCUGCUGAUCCCAUUCUCUCUCCAGAUGGACUGUAGUGCCAGUAUGGCCAGAGGAGACAGGGCUUCUCUCCUGAAACACCCCCAGAAGGGAACGAGAACAUGUCCAAGGGAACAACCCAGCCAAGCACAGACCGAUGGGACCUCCCACAGGACAGAGAGGAGGAAAAACCCGACUUUUUUUAAGAAGCCAGGUCAUUUUUAUAAAAAACCCUAUAGGAAGCAGAGCCUGCUGUAGCAAGCUCUGGACCGUGCUCUCCCCCCGGUGGCAGCGAGGGGCGUGAGGAAGAGGAGAAAAUGGCCGCCCGGUCCUCCCGCUCCCCGUAGCCCUGGAGGGCCGGCGGCGCCGCUCUCUCCCCUCAUCUCUAUGGCCCCCAGCGCGUUGGCCCCGAAGCCGCGGUAGCUUCGGGUGGCGCUCUAUCCCCGUUUUGCCGUCUCGGUGGUGGCUCGCGGUGCCGCUCUGUGCCGCGGCGGGCCCGUCUCGGUGGCCGGGCUGAGGGCGGGCCUGGCGGAGCCAUGGCGGCCGUGAGGGGCCUGCGGAUCUCGGUGAAGGCGGAGGAGCCCCGCGGCCCCGAGCCCGAGCCUAUGGAAGUAGAAGAAGGCGAGCUGGAUGCUAUCCCCGUGAGGCGCUCGCUCCGGGAGCUCCUCCCGGUGAGGGACGGGCAGGGGGAGCGAAGGAGGGACCGGCUCCUGAGGGGGGGCAGGGACACUAGUAGGAGAUAUGAAAACAAAGCUGGAAGUUUCAUUACUGGAAUAGAUGUAACAUCCAAGGAAGCAAUUGAGAAAAAGGAACAAAGAGCAAAACGCUUUCAUUUUCGAGCUGAGGUGAAUCUUGCCCAAAGGAAUGUAGCACUGGAUCGGGACAUGAUGAAGAAAGCAAUUCCUAAAGUGAGACUGGACACAAUUUACAUUUGUGGGGUGGAUGAAAUGAGUACACAGGACAUCUUUGCCUAUUUCAAAGAAUAUCCUCCUGCUCAUAUAGAGUGGCUAGAUGAUACGUCAUGUAAUGUGGUCUGGCUUGAUGAAGUAACAGCAACACGGGCUCUAAUAAAUAUGAGUUCCUUGCCUGAUCAGGAGAAAACAAAAAGCAGAGAAAACAAUGAAGAGAAGACAGCUGAAAAAAACAAGAAAGGAAAACAGGAGGAAAGUUCUGAUGAUGAGGCAGAAGAAGGAGAGGUAGAGGAUGAGAAUCCGAGUGAUGUUGAGUUGGAUGCCCUGUCCCAGGUAGAAGAGGAUUCUCUCCUGCGUAAUGAUCUUCGCCCUGCCAAUAAACUGGCUAAAGGAAACAAGCUAUUCAUGAGAUUUGCUACUAAAGAUGACAAAAAAGAGCUGGGAGCUGCAAGGCGAAGCCAAUAUUACAUGAAGUACGGCAAUCCCAAUUAUGGAGGCAUGAAGGGGAUUCUUAGUAAUUCUUGGAAACGAAGAUACCAUUCACGACGAAUCCACCGGGAUGUCAUAAAGAAGAGGACACUUAUUGGGGAUGAUGUUGGCUUAACUCCUCCUUAUAAACAUCGUCAUUCAGGCUUAGUAAAUGUUCCUGAGGAGCCUAUUGAGGAGGAAGAGGAGGAGGAAGAAGAUCAGGAUAUGGAUGAAGAUGACAGAGUUGUUGUAGAAUACCGUGAUGAACUGCAACCUUUCAAACAGUCUCGAGACCGCAGUGCAGCAAGACGAUCAAGUGCAAGUGCAUCUGAUUCUGAUGAAAUGGACUAUGAUCUUGAAUUGAAAAUGAUAUCAACCCCCUCUCCCAAAAAGAGCAUGAAAAUGACAAUGUAUGCAGAUGAGGUCGAAUCGCAACUGAAAAAUAUUAGGAAUUCUAUGCGAGCAGAUAGCAUAGCGACCAGUAAUGUCAAAAACCGGAUUGGCAGUAAAGGAUCAUCGGAGAAAGUUGUAGAUGUAAGACUACUGUUAGAAGAAAAACGUCAGCAUAAUAAUGGGCCGCGCCAGCAAAACAGCACUGUAAAAUCAGAUGUGCGGCAAAGACUGGGAAAAAGACCCCAUUCUCCAGAAGUUAAGCCUCCAAGUAGUACUUCUGCUCCUCGUCGAGAACCGAUAUCUGAUGUACACAGCCGGUUAGGAAUCCCCAAACAAGAUGUAAAAGGCCUCUACUCUGAUACCAGAGAGAAGAAAUCAGGUAAUUUAUGGACCCGAUUAGGGUCUGCUCCGAAGACACAAGAAAAGACUUCAGAUAAACCUGAAAACCCUGUGACAUCUCCAGAGGAGGAGGAUUCAGAGCUCCAAAGGGUUUGGGGUGCUCUCAUUAAGGAAAAAGAACAGUCUCGACAAAAAAAGAGUCGAUUGGAUAAUUUACCAUCUCUACAAAUUGAAAUCAGCCGGGAAAGCAGUUCUGGAUCAGAUACUGAAUCAUGAUUUUACACUUUGAUCCUCAAGAUUGUGACUCUGCACCGUGACAAGAUUUCCUUUGUCCAAAAGUUGAACACUGGCAAAGACUCUGCAGUGAAGGUUCCAGAAACGUCUCUGUUCCUUUUAUACAAAAAUAGAUGCAUAUGCCACUAGAAACCUAAAGCAAUCAUGUUUGUCUGGAGUCUGUGGUUGGCCCUGUGUUACGUAGGGCGUUGUCAUAUAUGUUUAUUACAGCAAACCUGUAGUUAAUUCUAGCCAGACACUUUUCCCCGAGCUCAGAAUUUAAAAGAAGAGGCAGAAAUACUCUGUAUUUUUAAGAAGACCUUUUUGUUCUUAAUAUUUUUAACAUGGAAUCUUUUAACAAAAUAUUUUACACAAUUCAUCCAAAGAACAGGGCAUUUCAUAGCCAACACCAUUGCCUUGCCCUUCUGGCUCUUACCAGCACCUUUCCUCUUAAAGUAAUAACAAUAAUGCUUCCUGGGUAGGCAGCCAGCGAGGAUAAAGCAUAAAGGGAAUGUCAUGUUCCCUUCCUUCAAAAUACUGAAUGUAAAUCUAAGUUAAAUGUUGCAGUACGGUGAAGUUUCGUAUAGAAUCCAUACAGCAUCACUGCUCUCAAAGAAUUCUGCUCAUUUGUUUUGGUCAUACUGUGUUCUGCUCUUGUAGGGAUUGCAGUGCUCAAGACUGCAAAGAUGGGUGUUGGAGAGAAUCAUGCAAAUUCCCAAGGGUGCUUUGUUUUUGGUUACAUACUGAGAAGUCAUAUUUCUCUCAUUUCAGGUGUAUUGUUUUGAAGAAAUCUAACAGUUUAAAAACUUACAUUUUUAUAUUUGUGAGAAUUCUCCUGUUGGCCAUGGUGAAAGCUAUAGUGAUGUUUUCCUACGUGCUGUUUAACUAUACAUAUAUAUAUAUAACUGAAAGAGAAAAGGAAAACUAUAGGAUCACUGUCCCAUGUCAAUAUUUUUGAAUGUUCUUAUUAUAUAGUACAUGUGAAUGUGCACAUGGUUGACUUGUUACAUUCAGCUUUUUUGUCUGCAAACCCUCUCUAGAUAGGUAAAAUGUUUGAUCAGAGUGCAGCUGCAAUUUUUUUCUUCUGUUGCCUAUGGCAUACAUUUUGAUUGUCAAUUCUGAAUAAGGAAUGAUGAUAGCACAUCGGAUUCAGCUGAAUGGAACAGGUGACAAAAACAGUGCUACAUUAUGACAGUCUGAAAGUGCUUGCAUUCUCUUUGUGACUGUUCAGCCAGGAGAAGAGGGUGCUUGGGGGGGAUCUUUUCAAUGUAUAUAAACACCUGAAGGGAGGAUGCAAAGAAGAUGGAGCCAGGAUCUUUUCAGUUGUGCACAGUGCUAGGAUAAGAGGCAGCAAGCACAAACUGGAACACGAGAGGUUUCCUCUGGACAUCAGAAAGCACUUCUGUGCUGUUCGGGUGACAGAGCACUGGAAGUUGCCCAGAGAGGUUGUGGAGUCUCCUCCUUGAAGAUCUUCAGAAGCUGAUGGGACGUGGUCCUGUGCAAUGUGCUCUGGGUGGCCCUGCUGGAGCAGGGGCUUGGACCAGAUGACCUCCAGAGGUCCUUUCCAGCAUCAGAGAUUCUGUGAUUCUGUCCAUAUUUCGUAGGUUCUAUCAGUCCAAAAUGUCUGUGAAUAUUUCUUCCCCUUUCUGCUUUUUAGCAAACGAUUUUUUCUCUCCCUGUGCCCACCGCUUUUUUUUUUAAAUGAGUUGGAGUAGGUUUGAAAUUUCACAAAAGCAAGGGAUCUGCAGUUAACUUUUCUUCUUGGCUUUUUUAUGGGUAAGAAAGCAGCAUGUAAAAUGAGAGACUUGAAGUGUUAUCUAGUGACUGACUAGGCUUCAUGUCUUUGUUUCCUUGUUUUGUGUCACCCUUGAUUUUAUAUUUAAUUAUUGAAUAUAUAAAUAUGGUUCAUAAAAGUAUUAUGGAGAGUAAACGACUGCAAUGUCUGAUCACUGUAAUAACUCACUUUAAUGUGUGCUUUCAUUAAUAUCCCUUCCAGAGCUUUAAAAUAGAAUCCUACCUUACCCGUUUCUCAAGAUCCUGAUAAAAUUCAUUUAACCAGUCUCUUUUUGCCAGUAAACCUCUGUGUUGUGUUACUGCUUUGAAUCCAUUACGGCCUUUCCUUUUUCUGAAAGGAGAAGGUAGAUACUGAUCGUGCUUCUGGUCUAUGAAGAUCGUCUUCUGCGUUGCUGUGAAUCCUUGCAUGUUUUUAAGCUCAGUAACUGGCUGUGGUCUGCUGUUAAUGUUGCUGAUAACCACUGUGUUUCUAUGUAAAAAUUCAUAACUUGAGCCUGGUGAAGGAUGGACUAACUGGUAUGAAAGGCGGAAUGGGAAUGAAUAGAAAGUCUCUUCAGCUGAUAUGAAAGAUCCGAAUAAAUGGACACAUGAAGGCAAGGAAAGUGGUGUAGGCAAUGGCUUGCACUCUUGGAAGAGGAGCCAUUAAUACUGGGUCUGUCUUCCAUGUAGCUGUAAGUACGCCUUAGAAAUGCCUCUACGUUACUAGGGUCUAUUGUGUUUAUGGUUUGGGGAGGGGGUUGUGUGUGUUAAUGAGACCACAGGAGUUUAGCUGCAAGAAAAAUAGAGUUUACUGUUGAAGCAACCUACAGAGAGGAUUUUUUUUUUCUUUUGGUAACUGAGUGUUUGCCUGGUUUUGGUUUUUGAUGAUGUACAGAGAAGCCUUGAAAAGGCAUUUGCUGGUGUCAGGAAUGCUACCUUUGGUCUUCCUUAGUUACCUGAACAUGAAUUUCUGUGUUUUGAUAAUUAAAAAUGAGCACUGAAUCUUUAGUGAAUGUUUCUUCCUUAACAUAGUUAACAAAUCUGUUAGUCCUAGAGAGAGAUUGCAUAGAGAACUUUGUUGUAAGUCCCCUUCCUUCUCUUUGUGGUCAGGGUACCACAAAGAUUCCACCUUCGAGUGAUUUGCUGUAGAAAUAAAUGUGCUGAUGCUGAGAA